AUCGGCAUCUCGUCAACACUCCGCAGCCUCUCCAGCACAGCCCAAACAUGGUCGCAAGACUGUUUCUCACACUGACGGUGACGGCAUGGUGCUGCUACCUGGUGGCAUCCCAGGUGACCUUCUCCAGGGACUGGAGCCCUGGCAAACGCAAUCCUGAGCCCACUUGUGCCAAACAUGCUGCCUCCAUCUGCCAGAUCCUCGUGAACGAACUUCGUCAACUGGCAGCGUGUGAAGUGAAGUCACUGCUGCGAUACCACGCCGAAGAAGUGAAUGUUCCCCAAGAAAUUUACAUUGACGGAAAUGGUGGAAGAUAAGCUGUUCUCAUUUUAAAACGAAAAUAAAGUAAAUUGAAUUGUUUAAAAGAUGUGUAAAUAACUGACUGAAUUUUAAUUAUACUGUUUUUUCCUCAAUAAUAAUUUACAGGCAGAAAUAAA